ACUGUUUCGCGCCUCCGCCUCCACCUCCGCCUCCGCUGCGCUCUCUUCGUCGUAGAUCACAAGUACAUUAUUCUAACGUCCUAACUCCAACAUCUACCAGGUCGCUGAUAACCUUACACUUUGACAUUGCGACCGCUCCACUUGCUCCGGCGACGGUGAAUGCUAAUCCUCGUGUCCUCCCACUUUUUAACACCGUCCUAUUCGGUAAUCAGGUCUACGUCAGCCUCAGCAUAAGCACGAGCAUAAGCACAACCUCCGGCCGCAAAGGGUCAAAGGGUAUUAGCCCUUUACGAUGCGAUGGCAACUUUCAACUCCAUGCCGGCGCUGCAGUCAAGCGCCAGUCCAGGAGACGCCGCCAUGGGAUUAAAUACUAUGUCAGGGUCCGGCCUAGGCAUCGAGCCUUUCGAACCCGAUCUCAACUUCGAUGAGUCAAUGCUCGUCAAUAGCAAUUUACCUCCUUUACCUUUUACUCCCUCUUACGACUUCGAAACCUUCUCGACAACGUUCGAAGAUCCCUUCAACUACUCGAAACCAUACGAGGCCGCGCCGCAUACCGAAGACUUCCACGAUGAAGGGUCAUCUCCGCAGCAGCUGGAUGACAAGCUUCUUGGCUUCUCCGCGACGGCCGCGAAAGCUACCCCCCUAGAUGAUGCGUUAGGCGCAUAUUCCGAGGUAUCCAUGUCUGCGGAGCUAUAUGGCAUGUUCUUCGUUGCCGAAGAUGUGUUCGGCGGCGACUCAAGCGGUCGGCCUCUAGAGCUGACGUGUUACCGACGGAACUUAUGGCAGUGUUCGGGACAGAUAACCAUGCCGCGCCACUGCACGCAGGUCGUAAAUGAGCAAGGCCGUGCUAUACCUAUUAUAGAAUUCUUCGCUUCGAUAUCCGCCAAGGAGAGCAUCGAGGGCAAGUCCACCGAGAUUAUUUCUAUCCCGUGGAAAAGCAGCAAUCCGGCGUUGGGCGAAGGGCAAGAAACCAAAGUGGCCAGCGCUCCGCCGAAAAUUGCUCUCGACCUGACCGGCGGCCAGGAAGUCGACGGUCACCGGGUCAGCAUACCGGUCUCCUGGAAGCGCUUACAAUUCAAGAGCGCAACGGCAAACAAUGGCCGACGAAAAGGACUACAGCAGCAUUAUGUGGUUCAGAUCAGUCUCUUGGGAAAGAUGAAGACAGGUGGAGAGUUUAUGAAAAUUGCAGAAAUCCAAAGCGGCCCGGUCAUUGUGCGAGGGCGCAGCCCGCGAAAUUUUGAUAGCAGAAAGGACGUACCUCUCACCGGCGAUAAAAAGGCUCCUAGUAAUGGGGAUCGAGCCCGAACUCAUAGCGACGCAAGUACAGCAUCGAACUUAAAGAUAGAGCGGACAGAUUCCUCACACGGAUUACCUAACUAUUCAUCGUCAUCUCUAGGCAAUACGACGCCUACGCCCUCCUGGGGAACCCCUUCGACGCCUGCAUAUGGUGGGCAAACAAAUUCUCAGGCACAUCCAGCCAAGAAGAUAGCACUCUCUCCAAACAUAAACCGGCCUCCCGUUCCGUCUUGGGGCAAGGAAUUGGGCAAGAUGCAUGCGCUAGGCAGCCAUACGAAAAGCAACCCGCCAGCACCAUCCGUACCGAUCAAUCUGUCUCUAUCCGAGGACGAACGAAGCCCAAAUAAUCGCUCUACCUCGGACUCGCUCACCAGCCCGAGGCUGCACCGGACGUCCACAAGCCAUGGCGCUGCCGGUAGCCCGAUAGAAGAGGAGGAGGAAUUAUACGAAUAUUUCCCGCUAAGCGUAGAUGAUUGGACACCUCUAGUGGAUACCGUAUACCGGCCUCAUAUAGUUCACCACAUCGCAGUGCCACAAGAAAUAAAGGCGCAACAGAUUAGGAAUAAGUCUAAGAGAUAUUUCUCGGCAGAAUAACCAACAGAAUAUUUGCUCCCUCCUCGAGCAAGAAUGUAGACGGAUAACUAAAAAGAAGAUUAAUUUAGCGAACAACAGUUUGGAGUGAGCAACGGCAUUCUAAUCGGAGUAACCAAGCGAAGCGCUCUGACGAUUACGGCAUGACGCAUCUGGGCGUUUUUUGUUUUGAGGGAUUACCUUAUUUGUAUCAUGAGCGUAUAUUCGUUCCGAAAUACCAUGCUUUACUUCAAUACGUGUAUGUAGUAUAUGGCGGGGACUGUUGGGGUCAUCGUGUUUUAUUUAUUGCCCUCUUUGGCUCUCUAAGGGAUACCGGCCGAGCAUACAAAAUUAGCUUCAACAAUAUACCCCUUUGAUGAUAUACUCAUCAUACGCUUACCUCGUUCGUAGGCUUGUGUGGGGAUUUAUAAUAAUAUAAGGAAUAAUAUAAGGGGAUACUAGUUGCCGUACUUAAUUGGUCUAGACGAUACUAAAGGAAUAUGGAUUUAGUUAUUUUUGA